CACUGCGCCUCUAAAUCUCACAUCACUCUCUUUUCUGCAAUCUGCAAAAAACCAAACCAAAUCAAUCCAAAAUCAUGGCUGAGAGAGGCGGAGAACGCGGCGCAUUCUCUCGUGGGUUCGCCGCAGAACGUGGCGGUCGAGGUCGUGGAGACCGUGGCCGAGGCCGUCGUCGUGGCGGCCGUCGUGAAACCGAAGAAGAGAAAUGGGUUCCGGUUACCAAACUUGGUCGGUUGGUAAAAGACGGUAAAAUAUCAAAACUUGAAGAAAUUUACCUUCACUCUUUACCCAUCAAAGAACACCAAAUCAUUGACCAAAUCCUUCCGGGUCUAAAAGACGAAGUGAUGAAAAUCAUGCCGGUUCAGAAACAAACCCGAGCCGGACAACGAACCCGGUUCAAGGCGUUUGUGGUUGUUGGUGAUUCAAAUGGACAUGUUGGGUUAGGUGUUAAGUGUUCCAAGGAAGUGGCGACUGCAAUUAGGGGUGCGAUUAUUUUGGCUAAAUUGUCGGUAAUUCCGGUCAGGAGAGGUUACUGGGGGAACAAGAUCGGAAAAGUGCAUACUGUUCCGACUAAGGUGACCGGGAAAUGUGGGUCAGUGACUGUUAGGCUUGUGCCUGCUCCUCGUGGUGCUGGGAUUGUGGCGGCUCGUGUGCCGAAAAAGGUGCUUCAGUUUGCUGGGAUUGAUGAUGUGUUUACUUCUUCCCGUGGAUCUACUAAGACACUUGGCAACUUUGUUAAGGCUACAUUUGACUGCUUGCUGAAGACUUAUGGAUUUCUUACUCCAGACUUCUGGAGAGAGACCAGGUUCAGCAAAUCUCCCUUCCAAGAGCAUACUGAUUUGCUUCAAAAGCCCACCACAAAGGCAAUCACUUACACUGAAGAGGCUGUUGAUAUUGCUGCUUAAUAUCAUCUAGCAUUUGGGAGGAGAAGAUGUUAUGUUGUUAGGACAUUUUGAUAUAGAUUACCAGUUGCUUUUAAACUUUUAAUGUUUGAGUGAUACUUAUUUUGUCCUUGGCAUCGUGGCACAAUCAGAUUUUGAUGUUAUGGUUGUUUUCUAGACUGGUUUUUAUGUUAUAAAUGUUUUGUGGAUCAUUAGACCCA